AUGAGUGAGACGGGCCUUGUUGAUAAGCAUGGGGAUUUGGUUGACGAGCCUACUAUAAUCGAUCUCAAAUUCUUUCCGUCGACUUUCAUCUUGCCAAUACACCUCACUUUAAGUGAACUGCACCGAUUUGAAGAGACUGUUGUUCGUUGUGGGGCUCCUUUGACAUACGAUAUUGCUGAGGCGCAUUUGAUCCUUGGUAAAGUGUCUCAUAAAAAAAGGGCCGCCCUGGAGCUUCGAACGCGAGCUCUGUGGACAGAAGACUUAUGUGAUAAUGCCGAUUCUUCUCAAUUACCACCCAACAAGAAGCCUCGACUCGAGAAUCCUUCCGUUGUGGAUGGCGAACAUGCGGAGGCAAUGCAAGAUCAGGCUAUCGCCGAACCUAAGGGUGUAGCUAGGCCUGGGGAGAGCCCAAGUGAUAAACCGACAUUGCACGCCGUUCAAGAGGUGCUUACUCCGCAGCAUAUAUACUCUUCGCUAUCUUCUCUGCGGGAUGACGAUGUCCGUGUGAUAAAGUUAGAUUGGCUGCAUGAGUCUUUGGCUGCCGGUCAUGCAUUGCCCCUAGCUCCGUUCACAGUUUAUCAUGCACGUAAAGUUUCUCGGCCUGACACCUCUCCGUCCUUGAAAAAUUUUCCAAGGGGUACUGGUUCGUUCUCGUCAACCCUUUCCCAUGCACGAGAAAAUAAUACCCAUCGAAUUCUCGAGCGAGCCAAAGCGGAUGCGGCAACCGCUCCUCCGCCGCGAUUUACUCUUCCGUCAACAAAAUAUCAUCGAGGAAAGCUGGGUCUGGGCGAUAGCCAUAGCCUGCAAAAGGCGCGAUCGAAGAUGUACCGAAAAACAACACCUGAACACGAACAAGUCGUUUCCAUUCCUGUAGUGCCAGACUGGGUCGAAAACAAUGUGCUGUAUGCUUGCCUUCGAUCUGCACCACUUCAUCCACCGAAUGAACAAUUUAUAAACCAGCUUCUAAAAAUUAAACAGAUACGAGAGCUCACUCUGGAUGAAAUUGGGGUUAGGGCUUAUAGCACAUCUAUAGCAUCUCUUGCCGCCUACCCAUAUUUACUUCAAACUCCCGAGCAGGUCUUAGCUCUCCCCGGGUGUGAAUCGAGGAUAGCAAACUGGUUUUCAGAAUGGAAACAGAGUUCUGAUGGAACUGUACAGGCAGCGAAUCAGCUUGAUACGGAUCCUGUUCUCUCCACGUUGAAGCUAUUUUCUAAUAUAUGGGGGAUUGGCGCGAAAACAGCUCGCGAAUUCUAUUAUCACAAAAAUUGGCGUAGCUUCGAUGAUAUCAUUGAUAAUGGGUGGAAUAAUCUCUCUCGAGUUCAACAAAUCGGUGUCAAGUAUUACGAUGAGUUUUUGGAGGGAAUUCCACGAGCAGAGGUAAAAUCUAUCGCUGACAUCGUGCUUGAGCAUGCUCGCAAGUCGAGGCCUGACUCCCAUUACGAUGGAAAAGGAAUAGAGGCUAUUAUUGUCGGCGGGUAUCGAAGAGGCAAAGAACGUUGCGGUGAUGUAGAUAUAAUUCUUACUCACCGAGAUGAGAACGUCACGCAUGAUCUCAUUUACGAUGUUAUAUCUAGUUUAGAACAGGGGGGUUAUAUACCCUAUACACUAUCAUUAAAUCUAGCCAGUUCUCAUCGGGAUCAGCAACCUCUACCUUACCGCGGUGAAACGAGUAAGGGGAGGCUUCACUUCGAUACUCUCGAUAAAGCGCUGGUUGUGUGGCAGGAUCCUCACUUUGAAGGCUCAUCUUUAGAUUUAUACCCGAGCCAAGAACCAAAGGAGUUGGAUAACGAUCACACUUCCCAAAGCCCGCAAAGCGGAACAGACAAUCACAACUCAGUCACACUAAAGCCUGUGAAGACGAAUCCAAACCCUCAUCGCCGGGUUGACAUCAUCAUCUCACCCUGGCGUACAAUUGGCUGCGCUGUCCUUGGCUGGUCUGGUGAUACGACUUUUGAAAGGGACCUUCGUAGAUAUGUGAAGAAAACAAAUAACUGGAAAUUUGACUCAAGUGGUAUUCGAGCUCGUGAAGGCAGUGGUGGACGGGUGAUUGAUCUAGAGAGCAAUGGCAAAACAUGGCAAGAAAGAGAGCGGCUGGUUAUGGAGGGCUUGGGAGUGGGCUGGAGACCACCCGAAGAGCGCUGCACACGAUGA